AUGACGCUCACACUCGACACAAACCAGCGCUACGGGCCGCUCAACUUUGAUCCUUCAUACCCUUCCUCGGCUUCACCACCACAGUUCUCAGACCCGUGGUCUUCUACACCGGCCCCCAGCGUUGGGAACAAUAUCUAUGCCAGCAGCAAUCACAGCGCGCAUCAUCAUCAUCAAACCCUAAACCCCGGAAUGGGUAUGAAUUGCAUGCCUAGACAUCACAAUGCGAGGACGAGCACGAGCAGUGUAUCUUCGUCCGCCUCAUAUGCAUCGAUGCCAGUGCCGGCCACAUCAGCAGGUAAAUAUCCGGACCCUCUUAACGCCGCCCUCAUGGAUCCGGUUUACGGAGAGCCUUCCUACGCUUCUUCGUCUCCAGUCCAUGCGCACUAUCCGGCUCCGACUUCGCCUUACGAUAACCUAGCUUAUACGCAAAACCCCAUCCGGCCACCUUUCACACUGCCACCGGCACCUGACGCCAGGAGAUUCUCUCAACCCGCCCUACAACAUCACGACAGGCGUGGAUAUCCUGAUGCCAUGGAUGCUAGCCACGGCCUUCUUUCCAUGAGCCAGGAGACCCCGAGGAACAUCUAUGCUCCUCCCCGAGCUCAGCGAGGGUCGGCAGAUUCGUACGGAUUCCCUCCCACGACGCACUCUACGAAUUCAUCCAUCUCCUCGACCAGCAACUUCAGCACGUAUCGAGAGUCCUCUCUCAGUGACUACUCGGCAAUGGGCUCGGACAUGGAUCUUUCAAGGACUCGCACGUUGCCACGACCACAGAAUCUGAUGACCAGCCAAGUACCGCCUGCGCCCCAGUCACUGAUGAGCCAGUUCAGUUCCAAGGUCUCAUCGAGCACGCAGAAGAAGCACAAGUGCAAGGUGUGCGACAAGCGGUUCACUCGACCUAGUUCUUUACAAACGCACAUGUACAGCCAUACGGGUGAAAAACCGUACGCGUGCGAAGUUGAAGGUUGCGGAAAGCACUUCUCGGUUGUCUCGAAUCUUCGCAGACAUCAAAAAGUACACAAAGGCGAGGCUCGCUCGGAAACUGGGUCCGAAGAACACCAGUCUGAGUGA